AUGCUGGAACCAGGACCCAGGCAGGCUCCGCCCCCCGACCCCCCACAGCCGUCCCAGAGUGCCUUGCCCCAGAGACCGGAUGUCCCAGGAGUCCUCGCAGUCCCUCAGGCCGGAAGGAGGUGUUUGCUGUUUCUGGGGUUCGCCCCAGGCUGCGGUGGACCUACGCCACCUCAGCCAUCGUCAAGGGUCACGGGCGAGGUCAAGGACCGGCUGCUGAGAAGCAGCACCAGGAUACUGCGGAUGCUGGAGGAGGCUGCUGCGCGGAGUUCAUGCCAGGCCUACAGCCAGGUAAGCUGCCACGGCCUGUCGAUACUGGCCAGAGUGGGGCAAACACGAGUCAUGAGGCUGCGGCCUAGUGACCCUGAGGCCUGGCCAAGCACGACUGGGCAGGAGCGCAUCCUCCCGCCCCCUGAAUACAGGAGUGCACGCUUCCCGUUGCGCUUGACGGUGGCCCGUGCCCCGCUGUGGCCACCAGGGAGCGUCUGGUGA